GUUCCUACCCGGACCUAAAUAUUGUUGCACACGAAACAGGCAUGGCGUCCUUCACUCAGAGGCAUAAGUGACAUACAUUUAUCCAUUUGCCCUUUCGUAUCUAUUAGACGUUGUUUUAUGUAGGUAUAGAAAUAUUCUUUACAAUGGCGACCAGGACCGUGUGUCAAGUUCUCCAGCGCCGCUUUGCAACCUCAGCAGCAGCUGUGCGUGCGCCGGCCACCGAGGUCCGCGGCCAGCGCAAUGGCGUCUUCUCCAGAGAGCAGGCCAGGCAGAGAGCUCUGUACCCCCGCAUCGAGAAGAUAGAGGUGUCCAUGCAGGGCCCUGGGCUGGAUGGUACACUGCUCAUCAUGAACAGAGGAAUGUCCACUCCACUGAGCUGUGCCAGACAUCUGACAGAGCAUCACCUGACCAACUCGGCUCUGGCCCUGGUGGACGGGGAACCGUGGUCUCUUCACCAGCCCCUCACCCACUCCUGCUCACUCACUCUGCUCACAUUUAAAGACAGUGAUCCAACUCUGGUCAACCAGGCCUAUUGGCGUUCCUGUGCUGCCUUGCUAGGCCAGGUGCUGGAGACUGCUUUCAAAGACGACUUUACUGUGGAGCUGCUCAACACACCAGAGGUGCCAGUCACUUUAGGGGCUUUCUGCUGUGAUGUGGUGCUCGACCCUCAGCUGGACUCAUGGACUCCCUCCGAGGAGUCGUUGCGGUCUCUGACCCGAGGGGCCCAGCAGCUGAUCCACCAGGACCUGGCUUGGGAGCCUCUGGAGGUGGUGCCCUCUGUGGCGCUGGAGAUCUUCUCACACAGCAGGUGUAAACAGGAAGAGGUGGAACAGAAGGCAGCGCAGAGUCCCAAAGGCACAGUGAUGCUCCACAGAUGUGGUGACCAUGUGCUGCUGAGUGCGGGCCCCCUGGUGGCCAGGACAGGCCUGUGCUCCCAGUACGAGGUGACGGCCGUCCACAGCCUGGGACAGGGACCCUGGGGCCUCCAGCGUCGGGCACAGGGCCUCUCCCUGCCUCUGCAGCUGCAGGCUCACCACACGGUCUGGAGGAAACUGAGGCAGCGGGCAGAGAAAAUGGUGGAGGUGCCCACCACUGAAGAAGUGAAUCGACUCUCUCCUCCUGACUCAACGCCACCUCGGACCAGCCAGUAACAACCUCUGUGUAACCUUCAACACACACAUGCACACUUUCACAUUGUAUUAUUUGUUCAAUAAAUGUGUAAAACAUAUGUGACAAAUCGA